AUGGGUUCCAGCACGCCGCUUGGGCCGCCGAGUGCUACGAGCUCAGGACAACCUGUGUCCUCGGCUUUGUCCUCUCAACUCCCUACAUCCUCAUAUUCCUCUUCGUCUGGGUUGUUGAUCAAUACCACAUCAUCAAUUCUGCAACCUUCCGCCAGCGUAUCAAUGUCAACAGUCAUUCCUGUCAAUAUGUCGUAUAGUAAUGGUGACAGCAACCCCUCCGCUCCCUCUUCAGCGUCACUAUCUCCCAACACUCUAUCUCGGGAAUCACAAAUGAUAACCGGCUCUGUAUCGCCAUCCGAAUCGGUGGAGACUCUGGUGUCAAUAUUAGCCGCUUCUUCGUUCGCUGCGUCGACACAAACCACACUAGUGGUCCAGUAUACAACAGAAGCCUCAAAUGCCAUUUCUUUUUCGUCAUCUUUGUCGUCGUCCGAAACAAUCCUCAGGUCAUCAAUAGCAUCGACCUUGAGUUACUCAUCGGAGGAAAACUCAUCAUCGACGUCUGUCCCUACAGUGGCUGGGAACGUGAACUCAUCGCAUUCUCGCCCCAAUUACGUUACAGCAAUCAUAGGCGGUGUUAUUGGCGGGUGCUUGUUUCCGGUAGCAAUCAUUAUCCUACUUCGCAUGCGAAGAAACAAGCUGAAGCACGAUGCGCUUCGCGUGGGUGAGAAUCUCUUGUUGGGUAGAUGGCUGAAUGACGAGUUCACAGUCGCACCACGGCAAUCUAUUCCCUCCUUCCCGUCCCGUUCAACAGACGCGCAUUCAAACAGGGGCAUGGCGGUUCUGGAAAGAGGCCAACCGGAAAACUUGGAGUGCAUGAAGGCCCCUGUUCCCGCAAGAGACUCACAACUUCAUCACCAAAGUCGGCAUCUUUCCCUUCCCUCCUCUCUUACCAGGACGGGCAUUCUCUUCUCCCCAAGGCCAAACAGCGAUCGGGCACCGUCCUACCGAAGUCAUGAUGUGGAUGAGGGUGCCGACGAACGCACCCUGGGAUGGAGUACGAUACACCGGCUUCUUCCGGUGUUCACUACUGGUGGCCUUGGACCCGAGGCAGAGUUCGUGCUCGUGGGCCACGACGGACACAGUUCUGGCUCGUUGGUCUUACUUCCUCCUGGGUACCGGGACUGA